CGGAUAGAGGCGAGAGGAGGGGAAGAAGAAUAAUGUAUGUUGAUACAGGAACGGAGAGAGUUGGCUGGAAAGUAACGCGUUCUUGUUGGUUAUUACUACACACCCAACAUAACAGGAUAGGAUAGUAUGGAUAUUGAAACACGGCACUAUAGUGUUGUCCACAAUGUGGAGAAGAAAACCUUCAUAACUGGUGUUAGCUUGAACAUGUGGUCAAAAUGAAUGAAGCAUUGACUAAAAUAAUUUCCAUCACUUUCGUUUCUGAUAUUCCAACUUCUUUGACGACUACGUGUCAAAUGAUAUCAACUGACGGUCCAGUAGCGCGCUCCGUGCAGUGUUGCCAGAUUGGGCCAGAUUUUCCAGGCAAUCCGGCAACACUGGGUCUGUGCUAUCUGGAUCUACGUAAGACUCAACCAUGCGAUAAGGGUGAAACAUAAAUGGUAAACUAAAAAAAUUGAGAAACAAGUUGAAUCAUUCGUAACGUUUCAAUAGACACUUUUAAUUUGAAAGACAAUAACUUAUAGGUCUACCUAGGUAGCACUGCCUCAGCUUUGUGUUCACAUUGUUUUCCGAUCUAAAAGCGAAAGUGAAUUCAGAAUGAAUACGCCUUUAAGGUCGGAAGUACAGUUGACGGAUUGUAGACAGCGAUGGACGACGCAUAUCCUUAUACACUGAUCGUAGAGCUCGAAGAAAACAACGUUCCCAGACUGAAAAACAAACUGGUAAAAUAUUUCCAGAGUAAAAGACGGGCCGGCGGUGGUGAAUGUCACAUUCAAUAUGAAGACAGAAGCAGGACCGCGGUGCUGCGUUUCAGAAGGGAGGAAGAUAGGGCGAGGGUUCUGGCUCAAGAGACUCAUGUGAUCGUCUUGGAAGAAGGGGUGAUAAAGGUCUCCGUUUAUUUGGCUGACAGAAGCUCUGAGAGAGAGCAGUUGACAACCGCUACCAACAACCAACAAAGCAACUCGGAUAGUCGUGCAUCUGAGGAGGAGACCCAGGUGAAGGCGGUGAGCAGGGUAGAGCAGACAGAAGAGUCGGCUUUGGGUUCCACCUCCGCUGUCUUAGAGAACGUUCCCCAGGACAUGAGCAAGGACAUCAUGGAGAUGUUGGUGGAAAACGUCUACUUCAAGUCACAGAUAACCACCCAACCUGAUUUCAGUUUGGAGAUGCUCUCCGACAUAUGCUCCGCUGUGAUUACUUUCUCAAGUACAAAAGAAAACAAUGAGUUCAUUACAAGCUGCCAGACAAACAGGACCUUCUUGAACAAGAAAUUAACUGUCAGAGCUCUGGAAGUCACAUCCCAAGUCAGAGUUGAGAAUUUGUCAAACAUCAGUGAAGAUGUCCUCCUGCUGUACUUUGAGAAUGAAGGUUGGGAGGUUGAACAGGUCACCCCCGAUGAAGAGGAACAGUCUGCUGUCAUCUCCUUCAAAAUGGACACAGCUGUUCAAGGGAUAAUCAAGAAGGAACAUGUGAUCGGGAUAACACCGGUCAAGGCUUUUCCAUUUUACGACUCCUUGGGAACGGUUCUUUAUGGCAAAGUCCGACCCAAACCAAAACUACCUGCUACCUUCUCUAAAAGCAUACAUUCCCCACUCUUGACGUACCUCCAUCAGCAGCAGGAAGCAGCAGAGAUGGUUUGUGGUCACUUGUCAGCACUCUUCUGCAAGGUAGACCUCCUACCCUCAUCUGUGAGUUUCAGCCCUCUUCCAGCACUGCUCGAGCAGAAAGAUGUUACACCCAAAGACAUCAAACAGUGGAAACAAUCAGUGGAGCAGGCCUUCACACAGGUCUUGUCCAGGUUCAAAACUCUGAGGCUUCAGCCUCCACCAUCAACAUGGGAAGAGUCUGAAGCGCAUAUCAGAGAGAUUGUUUUAGACAAGACCAUGGAAGUCAUCCCUGAGAAAGCUGAAGGUGCAUUGUCAGUGGUCGGCCUUGUGGACGAGGUGACCAGACUAGAGCCCACGUUGAAUGAGCUCAUGACCAGGAUUGAGAAAAGGGUGCAGAGGGAGAAUUCAAGUAUUACACAAGGAUUUGAGAUAUCCGAAGAAAUGUUUCACCUGCUUUGUCAGGACGGUCUUGCUGACCGGUUCAAAGAUAAUUACUCAGACCUAGAAAUGACAUAUGAAGACAAAUUGAUCUUAAAAGGUUUAAGUCAUGAGGUUUCAGAUGCAGCUAUUGUGGUAAUGGCACAAGUGCUUGCAGUACAAAAAAACCUCUUAGAUGGACCUACAGCUGAGGAGGAUAACCAGAUUGAGGCGGCUAGCAGGGAAGAGCAGAGAGAACAGCCGGCUUUGGGUUCUACCUCAGCUGUAUUAGAGAACGUUCCCCAGGACAUGAGCAAGGAGUUCAUGGAGAUGUUGGUGGAAAACAUCCACAAAAACUACAAGUCCCCGAUGACCAGCCAACCUGAAUUCAGUUUGGAGAUAAUCUCUGACACAUGCUCCGCUGUGGUUACUUUCUCAAGUGCAAAAGAAAAUAAUGAGUUCAUUACAAGCUGCGAGAAAAACAAGAUGUUCCUGAACAAGAAAUUAACUGUCAGACCUCUGGAAGUCACAUCCCAGCUUAAAGUUGAGGAUGUGUCCAACAUCAGUGAAGAUGUCCUCCUGUUUUACUUUGAGAAUGAAGGUUGGAAGGUUGAACAGUUCACACCAAAUGAAGAGGAGCAGUCUGCUGUCAUCUCCUUCAAAAUGGAUACAGAUGUUGAAGGGAUAAUCAAGAGAAAACAUCAAAUUGGGAAGACAUAUCUCAAAGUUUUCCCAUUUUACAACUCCUUGGGAACGGCUCUUUAUGGCAAAGAAAGACCAAUACUUAACGUUUCUAAAUGUAUGAGAAAUACCAGAAAAAAUUACCAGCCCCUUCCAAGGCCCAUCUAUCAGAUUCAAACAUCUGAUGGCAUUGAUUUAGCUGUUUCUAAAGCUGAUCUAUGUAGCUACGCAGUAGAUGCAGUGGUUAUCAAUUCGAAUAAGAACUUGAAACUUGAUGGAGGUACUGGAGAAGCAAUUGUGGCGGCUGCUGGUUCUUCCUUGCAGGAAGAAUGUGAUAAAAUCCAUCUCCGGAGAGGGCAGCUGAAGCCAGGAGACAGUGUAAUUACUGGUGCAGGGGGUCGGCUUCAAUGCAAAAAAGUGAUCCAUGCGGUCACACCCCAGUAUGAUCCAUCUAACCACUUGAAGACAGUGGGGCAGCUGAGAAGAGCUGUUAAAGGAAGUCUAGAACUUGCUGAGAUGAAUGGCUGUCAAUCUCUGGCCAUCUCUGCCAUCAGUGCCAACAUGGGGUUCCCAAUAGACCUGUGUGCCGACACCAUCAUCAAAGUGUUGAAGGAACAUUGUGAGGACCAGUUUGGUGAAAACAACCUGAAGCAGAUCCAUUUUGUUAGCACAGAUGACCAUGCCGUUCAUGCUUUGGAGACAUCAGUGAGACACAAGUUUGGAAACCAAGGAAUUAUUUAUUCUCAGCAGAGUGUUACUGACAGACAGAGCUUAAAAUCAAUGGAAGGGUUUAUUCAAGCUGCUAGGCGUGUUCCCAAGCAAUCUCCAAUUCUGGAAAAGGACGAAAACACUCUCCGGCUACUGGACACCAAUGAGGAAUUGAGCAUUGAAUUGGUGGAAGGGAAUAUUCAAGAUGCUACGACCGAGGGGAUUGUGAAUGUUGUCGGUAGAGAGCUUGAUCUGAGAAGGGGAGCCGUUUCCAAGGCUAUCCUUGAAGCAGCAGGACCCAACCUUCAGCUGUUGGUCAGUGAACAUUGCCAAACUGGGAACUUUGGUGAUGUCAUUGUUACAAGUGCAUGUCAACUGAGAAGCAACAUGCUUUUCCAUGCAGUGGUUCCUCCUUGGGGCAACAAGGGCAACGCUUGCAAGAUAAUGAGAGAGAUUGUUGAAGACUGCUUGAACAAGGCAGAGAACCGUGGUCUUAACUCCAUAUCCUUCCCUGCAAUCGGCACUGGAAAACUGGGCUUUCCCAAAGACCUUGCAGCAUCUGUAAUGAUAGAAGAAGUCUUGGUGUUUAAGAAGCAGUCGAUGCACUUGAAGAAGGUUGCCAUCGUUCUCCAUCCAAAAGACAGACAGACAAUCCAGGUUUUUAAUCAAGAAUUAGAGAAACGUCUCUCGACAGGAAGUUAAGUAAGCUACAAGUCAUCCACCCUUCUGCAGAUGAUUUGCUAACAGAGAAAAUAAGGAAAGGAACAUGUAGUGAUGCCUAUUCUGAAAGAGGAAACCGGACAUUUAACUCUUUUUUUACUCAUUAACCAAUACAAGUAAUGGCACCUUCACAAACGUACAAUUUGGUCUGUUUAAUCAAAUCCUGAAUUGAAUCCUGUUUUUAACAAUCUAAGAUCUAACAAUCUUAGAUUGUUAGAUAUUAUGGCGUUUAUAUAGUUAACUUAAUUUUCUAUCGUAAACAUUGCUCUUGCUGCUCUUAAAAUAUGAACAAUUUCUAAUAUAUAUAUAUUAAUAUGCACAAGUAAUCUGUAAAAAUGCACAAGUAAUGUGGUUUGGUGGGGUUGACAGGAGUUUAGGAAGGGGGGGGGUAUUGUACGUCACUUAUUUUGCUUAAAAAAUUCUAAUAGAUAAGACUUUGUUUUGCUUAUUGUUAAAGCUGCUUCAUUUUGAUGAAAAUUAUUUUAGUCUAAUGCUUCUUCUGGUGACAUGUUUCAGGCUAACAAGUUUUGAAUGGUUUCUUCUCCACAUAAUGGACAACACCAUAUAAGGUUUUAUAAGUUUGGAGAUAAGUUAAACACCUCAAACAUGGCCUCUUUGCCAUUUCCGCUAAAGCCAAGACAGACAAGGUUCACCUGGGUAAAUAAUAUGUAAGUGUGGCUUAUUUACCAUUUGCACUUCCAAUAUAAACUGUUUUCUUACCUGUGUUCAAGAGAUGCUUCAUGAACCACCUCCAUAACACACUUGUUUACCUUGUGACUCUGUUGUAAUAAACCAAGUGUUGAGCAUUUACCACUCUCCAAGUCAUGUCUAGCCGAUACGACCAUACCUCAAAGGAUCUAUUUUGUUUUUCAUCAAUGUAGAAGGUCUGAACAUCACUGACAGGCUUUUGUCACUAGUCGUUUUACUCUGCCAAAUAUGCCAGUUUUAUACCCGCCUUUAUCACGGCAUUGUCCGCGCGUUUAUACUGACCGAGGUAAUAUACCGGCUUGAUUUCGCACCCCAAUUUCCCCUCCCGAACCCUCCAUAUAUUGGGGGUGUAUCUCUUUCAUGUAAAUGUAAUUAGACACCCCUGGCCCCUGGUACAUCGCGGUACCAGGGGCGGGACUUGGGUAGAGGUGUUGAUGACGUAGCAACAUGAGUAGUUCUAACUGGAGAGACGGUGAAAUCCGCAAGCUGCUGACCAUCAUGGGAGAGAAUAAUUGAUUGAAUUUAUAUAGUGCUUUUCUAGACACUCAAAGACACUUUGAAGGGGGGACGUCACCAACCACCACCAGUGUGUGGCACCCACUUUGGUAAUGCACGGCAGCCAAUCUGCACCAGAAAGCUCACCACACACCAGCUUGAGGUGAAGAGUGAGGGAAUUAAUGAGUCAGCCAAUUGUACAGGAGGAUGAUUAGGGGGCCGGAUUGAAUGAGCCUGGUUGGACCGGGGAAGCCCCUACUCUUUGCGAUAAGUGCCCUGGGAUCUUUUAUGACCUCAGUGAGUCAGGACCUCGGUUUUACAUCACCUCUGAAGGAUGGCAUCCAAGUACUAACCAGGCCCGACCAUGCUUAGCUUCCGAGAUCAGACGAGAUCAGGCGUCUCCAUGGUGGUAAGGCCGUUAAAGGCAUUUAAUGGCCUUACCACCAGAAGGUGAUGCAGUCGCAACGAAAAUGGGAAAAGAUCGUGUGAUCAACGAGAAAGCAGGCGAGGAACUUUGCUUAUGAGGCUUCUGUCAGGAUAUAAAACAUGUGGUCAGCAAAAUAAAGAACAUGUUGGCGUUUCUGCACUUGUAAAUAGUUAAUCGUGUUCGUAGUCUACACUCAGAUGUAGGCUACUCGUUCAAAAAAGCCUGCUCCUUAACGAAGGCGCUAUAUACCCCCGCAGUUUUACACAGGCAAGACAGUGAAAUUGCAGGGUGUGCCCAGCCGUAUCGGCUUGGCAGCAGAAAAAUGCCUACUUAAACAGAGUUUGUAUAGAAAAACGUAGCAUGAAUCAUAGGAAGGGGUCUUGGCGCCAUGCCUAUUUUCUUUUUUUUGGCCAUCACCAGUCUGCACCCCUGGGUACUCCUUCAUUCAUCAUUGUGGACUCGCAUGGCAAAGUAGAAUGUCAAUUAUUGAAACAUAGCUGUAAGUACAAUUAUUUAAUCAUUCGAUUUUGAGAUGUGUACAAAUACACUUUAGACAUUUCCUGAUUCAAGUAAUUUGAAAGUAUUUAGUGGAACCUUGUUAUAUUAUGUUAUCAGGUUGUCCGUCUCUUUCUUAUUACGUGAACAGAUUUCUGAUAAAUCUAGUACUGUACUAAAAGGUUGGCCCUGUAUGAUGUGUUUUAAGCUUUGGUUAAUAAGCCAACAACCUAAUCGAAAAGGGAUUUGUCUAUAUUGUAACUUUGGAUAGUCUAUUGUUUACGAUCAGUAAUACCUGCCUAUAUUAUAAAGUCCAUAGGUAGACCCAUAUAAAGCAAGGUUGCUUCAUUCAGAUGGAAACAUUGGUAAUUACCAACUAUCUAUCCAUUCAUAUUCAUGAGCAAACAAGAACCUUUGCCAUUUCAAAAUCUUUUCACAUUUUUUUUUAAAUACUAUAAAAUCUUAUUAAAGCUAUUUUUAAAUCUUGCGUUUAAUAUUGUUGAUCUCCCUCAUGUAUCGCCAUUUUAUUGUUUCUUGUUUCAUGAAAAAAGUUUGAUUGAUUUAAUACUCUGUGGAUAGAUAAAAAUAACUAGGGAAUAAGGAACUACUCAGUGAGAUACUUUAAAUAUUCAGAACACAGCAGCACACUUUUUGUUUGCAUUGUAUUCAGAACAGUCAACUUGCAUCAUCACUAUUUUACAUUUAAAACAAAGCUGACAACAAAGGAAAGUAGCAAUCUACAGAGCAAACCAAACUUUUACAUAUAAAAUUAAAUAAAAAACAGAAUAACGUUAUUCAAAGGUGUAAAAAAUUAAAAUAAAGAAUGACAAGGUUUUUCUCAGAAUGAAAAGUGAGCAAGAGCACCUUUAGUGAAGAGCAGAGCAAGCCACAUGUGGAAUUAAAUAGCUGCACAUAGUGCUGCUGAUCCUCAGGUGUAUGUUGGGAUGUGCGUAGGCGUGGAGAGGAUUUAUUGUAAUCAGUGAUUCCAGUUGGGAUGUGGUGCAAGCAUUCCGGGAUGGAUUGUAUAACCAACAUUAACAACAAAAAGCACACCCCAUAAUAGCAAUAACUCGAGCAGCACAUUUAGGCAUGCUUCAUCUUAGCGCAAAUACAGUUUGUAUAGGUCAGCCAGACGGUGGCCAUCCCACCAUCUGGGUUUUAUAAUAGUAUGGUGUUACAAGGCUCUGCUGCACGACUGGCUAGCUCGCUGAACAAUGAGGACAAGAUGGCUGAAAAUUAACCAGGGAACCAGAUGUUAUUAUCCUAGAAUACCAGCUCUUAGCCAAACUAACUGGCUUACUCCCGAACGUGUCUUUUCCCUUUUCCCCUCCCCUAUUCUGAACCUGGCCUAUCCAGCUGAAUCAGGGCACUCCUUCCACCCAGGAACUCCCCAUAAGUCUCUCUCAUUAAUAUAGUCCUGCAGGGUCGCUAUGUGGCUUCAUAUAUAUAUUCCUCAUCCCUGAGAAAGGGAAAAGUAUUGAAAGCCACUAAGCGGCCGCCAUUUCCCUCUGCGACCUCCUUAUUCCACGAUUCCAGCUCUGGUAGGUGUCAUUGGUAAGGUUGGCUUCUGAUCCCACUGGAACGGCGCCAUCCCAUCCUGGUGCAGUACCACUGAGUGACCUCUGGGAGCCAGUUUGACAUGAUGCACAACCUCCCCCACAAUCACAAUCAACGUAGCAGGUACCAAUCCAUGAACUGUCAGACUUAGGGCAGUGGUCCUUCAUUCUCUUGGCUCCAUACACUCAGGCAAGGUCCCUCAGCCAGAAAGUAGUCACCUUUGACAUGCGCCUUGCACUGCCUGUCAAUGCAACUUUGUGUAGAAAGGUGGUUAAUGUUACGUUUAAAGUAUUUCAUGGUCAGGACCCCAUUCCUGGUCCCUUGAGGAAUGUACAAACUAGACCGGGCCUCUCUGGAAACGCCUGCCCUGUACAAUCCGAUCAACAGUUGUUUUAAAAUCUUUCUGAAUAUCCACAUUUUAAGAUGAGCUUUUAAUGAGAUUAUUCUGUUUUUCCCCAAAAUAGAAAUAAAAUGUAUUUGUUUUCAUGCAGUAAUUGUAUAAUGUAUGUGACAUAUGUGUGUAUCUGUCCAAAUGUCCUUACAUUUUUCUUUCUGUAUUUAUUUUGUUCAAGCCCUUUGGAACAUUGCCUUUUGAAAAGGUUCUUUAGAAACAGUUGUAAAUACUUAACAU